AUGUGGUGGGAUCUGCUGGUGCUGCUGCUGCUGCCGUGGACGGCACCGCGCCCGAGCCGGGCGGGGCCACUCCAGAAGGCCCCAGUUUUCCAGCUCACUCACCAGGGCCCCUGGGGGAGCGGGGCCGGCAACGCCACGGUCUCGCCCUGCGAAGGGCUCCCCGCCGCGGGAGUCACGACCCUGACCCUCACGAACCGCAGCCUGGAGCGCCUGCCGGGCUGCCUGCCGCGCGCGCUGCACAGUCUCGACGGCAGCCACAACCUGCUGCGCGCCCUGAGCGCGCCCGAGCUCGGUCACCUGCCGCGGCUGCAGGUGCUGACGCUGCGCCACAACCGCAUCGCCGCGCUGCGCUGGGGCCCCGGCGCGCCCGCGGGACUGCACACGCUCGACCUCAGCUACAACCUGCUGGAAGCCCUGCCGCCGUGCUCCGGGCCCGUGCUGCCCGGCCUCCGAACGCUGGCGCUGGCCGGGAACCCGCUGCGGGCGCUGCAGACUGGAGCCUUCGCCUGCUUCCCCGCGCUGCGCCUGCUCAACCUGUCCUGCACCGCGCUGGGCCGCGGCGACCACGCUGGCAUCGCCGACGCUGCCUUCGCGGGGGCUGGUGGCGCGCCCCUGGCUGCGCUCGAGGUCCUGGAUCUCAGCGGCACGUUCCUCCGGCGCGUUCAGUCAGGAUGGAUCAGAGACCUGCCGAAGCUCACGUCCCUCUACCUAAGGAAGAUGCCCAGGCUGAACAGCCUGGAGGGGGACAUUUUCAAGGUGACCCCUGACCUGCAGCAGCUGGAUUGUCAAGAUUCACCAGCACUUACCUCUGUCCAUACACACAUCUUUCAAGACACGCCUCUCCUACAGGUCCUUCAUUUCCAGAACUGCAACUUGAGUUCCUUCCCUCCUUGGAACCUGCAUUCCUCCCAGGUCCUGUCCAUCAACCUCUUUGGUAAUCCCCUCACUUGCAGCUGUGAGUUGUCCUGGCUCCUCAUGGAUGCAAAGAGGAUUGUCCUAAGCAGGGCAGCAGACACUGUGUGCACACCAGCUGCAGGAUCCAGUGGCACCUUCUCAGUCCCUCUUUUGCUGUCCCAGCUGCCAAGUGUGUGCCAUUCGGACCAAAACACCACCUUCCUUGAUUCCAACCCACCCUCCUCAGUCUUCUCCACCCACACACCAUCUACACAGGGUCCCUCCACCCUGCGGAGAACAGUCCCCUCUACCCAAUGUGCAGGAGGCCGACAGAGUGUCACCAAGGUGCCCUCCCUCCCUGUGGAUUCCCCCACACAAGCGGCGGGGCCACGGCACAGCCUUGCCGAGGACGGGGCCGUUCCCUCCACUACUGUCUCUCCAGCAAGUUCCAGCAACUCUGGCAACCCACCUAGGGCUGCGAGCACAGCCGGGACAGAGCACCAAGAAGAACAUGCUGCUCAGCUUGUCCUGGAACCUACUAUCUCAGCUGCCUCCACCCCAUGGGCCAGCAAACACCCUGGUCUCUCCCCUAUCUCCCGGAACCCAGGGAGCACGCCUCAGCCCGCCCGGGGGACACGGGCCACCCCGCGGGCUCCCCACCCGCCUCCUUCCGAGGGCGGGAUUCCGGUCCUGCUGCUGGACGACUCCAGUGAGGAGGAGGAAGAGAGCGGGAAGGAGGAGGUGGGGGCGCCGGCCCGGGAUGAGUCCUGCGAUUACCACCCCUGCAGGCACCUCCAGACGCCGUGCGCAGAGCUGCAGCGGCGCUGGCGGUGCCGGUGCCCCGGCCUCAGCGGGGAAGACACCCUCCCGGACCCCCCCAAGCUGCAGGCGGUGGCCGAGACCACUGACACGUCGGCGCUAGUGCGCUGGUGCGCCCCCAACUCGGUGGUGCGCGCCUACCAGAUUCGCUACGCGCCCGAGGGCCGGCCAGGGAACCAGUCGGUGGUGGGGGACGUCUGCGCCACCGCGCGCCAGCACGCCCUGCACGGGCUGUCGCCGGCCACCGCCUAUCGCGUGUGCGUCCUGGCGGCCAACGGCGCGGGCCUGAGCCGGCGCGGGGCGUGCGCCGCCUUCAGCACCGGGCGCAGCCCAGCGCUCCUCGUGGCCGGGCUGGGUGCCGCGGGCGGCCUGCUGCUAGUCAGCACCGCGCUGCUGGCCGCCGGCCUCUGCCGCCGGGGCCGGACGCCACGCUCCCCGAACCGCCGUACGCAGCUGCUGGCCUACCGCAACCCCGCCUUCGCCGCCGAACCCGCGCCGCCGACCCUGGCCUCGCUCCCGCGGGCGCGCGAUCGCUGAGCACCCGCCGCGUGCGCGAGGAGAAGGCGGUACCCGGUCCCGAACGGCCGGUCGGCCCCGAGCGUCUCUCCCUCGGGCGAGGCCCGCGCUCCUCAGGCACACGUGGCACUCCCCGCGCUGAGUUCCUCAUUCCCGGGAACCUCUCUGCCUUCCCUUCCUGCUGCUUCUCUCUGUUCCGAGAAACGUGAUGGUUCAUGCUGCCGGGCAUCCCUGUGUGUGGUUUUAUUGGGGUUUUUCAGCAGUCAGUGCCCCUCAACGUCCGGUAGAAUAAUUAGAAUUGUGUGUGGAAGUAGGAAGAGAGAAAACAAAUGGCGCAAUGCGGCCGCUUUUCUCAUAUUGGAAGCGACAUCCUCAGGUCAUUUCAGAGAAGUUCCCUCAUGGUCAAGCUCUGGUAAGGGUCCUGUUAUUAAAGGGAACGACUCCAGUGGAUUCUCAACCUGAGAACCGGUUAUGUUCCCUGAGGCUUUGUGGGUUCAUUAGUUCAUUUCAGGGUACAGUAGCAGGUGUGCUUCUAGCUUUAAACUGCAGUCUUUAGGGAACAUCUGUGAAACACGGGGAAGGCUGUCCUUUCAAACUCGGUUUUUGCUGCAUUUCACCUAUGUGAACUCCUUUUUUAAGGAAGCAUAAUAAUUAAUAAUCUCACUUUCAGGAAACUUUUUUUUUUCCGGUACGCAGGCCUCUCACUGUUGUGGCCUCUCCAGUUGCGGAGCACAGGCUCUGGACGCGCAGGCUCAGCGGCCAUGGCUCACGGGCCCAGCCGCUCCGCAGCAUGUGGGAUCUUCCCGGACCGGGGCACGAACCCGCGUCCCCUGCAUCGGCAGGUGGACUCUCAACCACUGCGCCACCAGGGAGGCCCCAGGAAACUUUUUUUUUUAAGAGAGAGAAGAAAUAAAAGGAAAACCUCAAGGCUCUGGCAAGAGGCCAAAGCAUUUGUCUGCUCAAAUUGCAUCAAACAAACCUUUUUUGUAUGAUUCGUAUCUGACUGUGGGCUAUGUCUCACUACACCUUUUUUUUUACUUCUAUACAAACUUAGGGGGGAAAGUGACUUUAUUAAAUUAAAAUGGGAGUCAUAUACCUAGAUUUUAAUUUUCUACGUUAGCAUUUAUGUAAGUUUCCUGUGGCCACCGUAACAGGUUACCACAAACUGGGUGGCUUAAAACAACAUAAGUUAAUUCUCCCACUGGUCAGGCCAGAAAUCCGCAGUCAAGGUAUUAGCAGGGUUGGUUCCUUCUGGAGACUGAGGGAGAACUAUUCCACGCCGGCCCCCCUCCCCCCACUGCCCCCACCCCUCCACCCGUGUCUGGUGGAAGCCAGCAAUCCUUGGGUUCCUGGGCUUACAGGUGCAUCACUCAUCCAUGCCUCCUUGUCUUGUGACAGUCUCUGUCUCAUGUGUCUAAACACCUCCCCCCUUUUUCCAUUCUUUUCUCCAGGCUUACUGAUAUAUAAUUGACAUAUAACAUUGUUUAAGGUAUACAAUGCAAUGAUUUGAUACUCCUAUAUAUCGAGAAAUAAUUAAAAUAAGGUUAGUGAACAUGUCUGUCACCUCAUAUAGUUAUCUUGUGUGUGUAUAUGAGUGUAUGUGUGGUGAGAACUUUUAAGAUCUUAGCUACUUUCUAAUAGUACGGUAUUGUUAACUGUAGUUAUCAUGAACUUGUAACUGGAAGUUUGUACCAUUUGACCACCUUCACCCAUUCCCCACCCCACCCCCUACCCUUAGGGACCACCAAUCAACUCUGAGUUGCUUUUUUUAGAUUUCACACAUGAGAUCCUACUGAAUUUGUCUUUCUCUUUUUUCCGUUAGUAUAAUGCCCUCAGGGUCCAUCCAUGUUGUUCCAAAUUGCAAGAUCUCUUUCUUUUUUAUGGUUGAAUAAUAUUCCAUUGUAUAUUUAUUUUUUCUUUAUCCAUUCAUCCAGUGACACUUAGGUUGUUUCCAUGUCUUGAUUACUGUAAAUAAUGCUACAAUGAACAUGGAGGUGAAAAUAUCUCUUCAAGAUAAUGAUCUUAUUUCCUUUGGAUAUGUACCCAGAAGUCAAAUUUCCCUCUUCAUAUAAGGACACUAGGCAGUGGCUUAAGGCUCACCCAAAUCCAGUAUGACCAUCCUAACUUGAUUACGUCUGCAAAGACCCUAUAUCCAAAUAAGGUCACAUUCACAGGUAUUGGGGUUAGAACUUGAACAAUAUCUUUGAAGCACAAUUCAACCCACAACAGCAUUUUACUUCUAUUCCAAGAAAAAAAAUCAAGUUUGAUUCCCAUGUAUCUUUUGUUUCCAUGACAUGCUGCAGCACAAAAACCAUGCUGCAGAAACUAAGCAUAUCCAAGUUUGACCUGAAUAACUGAACUGUAUUUCUAGGUGAAGUUUUGAAAAGGCUUCCCAAAAUUCUGAGGUGGAUCCCUAGUUUCAUCAAAUACGUAACCAAGAGAAAUAAGACUGAUUUAAAAGAUACCUACCAGCUCCAAAUUUAAAAUUGCAAGGCAGAAGUCCUAAACAUAAAAGCCCUCAGGAAUGUAGUUAUAUUAUCCCAAUGCCUUUUUUAGUUUAAUAUCAAGAUUGAGGGACCUUCCCUUGUGGUCCAGUGGUUAAGACUCCACACUCCCAAUGCAGGGGGCCCAGGUUCGAUCCCUGGUCGGCGAACUAUGAUCCCACAUACCGCAACUAAGCCCGCAUGCCGCAACUUCUGAGCCCAUGCGCUCUAGUUGCCUGAGUACUGCAACUAGAGAAGCCUGCGAGCCGCAUCCAGAGAGCCUGUGCAGCGCAAGGAAGACCGAAAACAGAAUUAAUUAAUUAAUUAAUUUAAACAAUAUUCCUUAAAAAAAAAUGAUUGAGUCUGUUACAUGGAGGCAUCAAAAUGAAUUUGUCUUGCUUGGAGUCUGUAUGCAUGAAUAUACACUCAAACAUACCUAAUACAAUUUCAAAGUUUUAUAGACCAGCAGAAUUUAUGUCUUAUAGCAAUUCAGUAUCCAAAAACAUACAGGUUGACGUGGAAAAAGUCUAUUAACCAGAACCAGAUUAAGACUUUGAUACUAAAGAGACUAGGGACCCAACCCGUAAGUCACUCCAAAUAGUAUCAACACUAGACCAUAAAUAAGCAUAACAAGACACAAAAUUCUAAUUUUUCCCCUACUUUAUUUCAAGUUCUCCCUUUUUUAAACAUCAUUUUUGUGUGCUCAUACUUUGCUAGUGCUGAGACAUGGUCAACGUGCCUCUUGGGUGGUCCAGCAAUGGGACUUCCACCUCAAGCCUCACUGCACCCCAGGCCGUUAUGAGACAUUACAGGAGGUUCCCAAAGGGGAGAAUGGCCAGCCUCACACCACCCUUCUCUCACCCCCUUCCACUGGAUUCCUUAGCAGUGUCCCUGGCCGCAGGCUUCAGUGUUUUCCAAGCCAAGGAUGGCUCAGCAGCUAAUCUGGGAACAAGGAAGCCAGGACCAGCAGGCAACAAGGGGCACACUGAUCCAAGGAUGUCACAACCAAGAGGCAUGAAUUUUGCUUAUAACUUCUCAUUUUAACACAGCUCAAUAGGCUAUGUUUAGAUAAUCUCACUGUAUGAGUCCAUGUUACACUUAGGUUAGACCUCGGGACAAUGAGCAGCAACAGGCCUCCACUGUUAAGAGGAGGCAACCGGCACCAGCCACUUGUCUUCCUCUCCCCUCUCCCUGCAUCUUGCAUUCUCUUAAACAUAACAGUGUAGCAAGAAUAGGGCUUUUAAGUCAGAUGAUCACAAACCAAUUAUUUUUACAAUGUUAAGUGCAAGUGAUAUACCUGAAUGGACUUUAUGAAUCAGAAAACUUCCACAACAGCAGACGACCGUGGAACACAGACAACCCAAAUUGAAGGUCACUUUUUUCCGGCUCUUUUAUUCCUUUAACAUCUUAACAAAAGAAGAUUCCCCAAAGCUUAAAAAAACCUUUGAAAAAUAUAAUUUCAUAUUAUUUACAUAACAUAUGAGUACAGGUCCCAAUAUCAUACAAACAUUGUUAUGUUAGAGAUACAGUGGGAAGGCAUGAUGUAACUCACUGCCUCUUGGAUGGCUAGGGUAACAGACAUAUUUUCAUUUUCCAACUACCUUUGUCACUUAUUAUCCUGAUGCAUAAACUAUUAGGCACCUGAGAGGUUGGAAGACUUCUGAACAUGAACUUCAGUACCUUCUAUUUUGAUCUUAUUUAUUAUUUUCAAAAUUUACUGCAUUUUAAAUCUCUUUACAAGUUUAAUUCAUCCACAACUAAGCCACCUUUAUAGUCAUUAUCCUGAACAAUCAAAUAUUAACCACAUGUACUGUUAAUGUGUGCACAGAUCUAAAAGUCAAACAAACAACUGUGCAGCCAAGUUGUACAGGAUGUAUAUUUAAACCCAGGAAAUUCCCUAGUGCUUUGUGAGCAAUCUAAAUUCUAUUAAAGUGACAACUCUUCAGUUUCCAUGCUCUAGACUGUUUUUUGUUUUACAUAUCAAAAAAUGACUGACAAUAAUUGCUACUUAUAAAUUAAUCAAGAAACCUAAGAUAAAAAAAUUCUAAAUUAUAGUUUUAUUUGUAUUUAAAAAUACAUUGGAAAUUCUGCAUAUGCCCAUGAUCAAGCUUAUUUUCAAUGCACAUUACUUAAAUUUUGAUGACAUGGUUUGUUCUGACAAGUCCUUUUUCAAGCUGAACACCAAAAAAGGAAACUCCCUAAGAUUUCCACUGGCCCUGCCGCCGACGAUGUAUAUUGCUUCCUUGCUAAUGAUGAUGGAUGACUUUCAUCUGCCUUUUAUCACCUGAACAGUUUUCCGACCAUAAUGAUAAUAACUGUAAGCUGAUGCAGCUGUGGUAAAAGCUGUAAGACACCUUUUAUGGAAGGAAAGAAAGAAAAUUUAGUCUAAACUCUAAAAAAUGCUAACUAUAAGAACCAUAAAGAAUACAUUUAAAGGAGUUGUUUCAAAGUAAAAAAGCCUGUGUUGGUGUAAUUUUUUUUUAACAAGAAUUUAAAUAUACUGCUUUUCUUUUAGACUUCAUUUGAAUCAGUAAUGUCAAACAGAAUUAAUCUAAUCAGUCUGAAAACAAUAAUAAUAGCAAUUGUCAUUUUUUACCCAGACAUUAUUCUAGGUAGUUUUAUUUUCACAGCAACCUCAUCUUACAGAGGAAACAGUGCCCCAGAGUUUGCUCAGGGCCACAGAACUAUGAGUCUGGCUUGGUUCCAACUCUAGAGCCCUUGUGCUCCUCCCACUGUUCCACGCUGCUUAGAGUGUUAGUUUUAGAAGCUAUUUCUUACAGAUCUUGGGAAUUCUAAUAUCUGAGUCAUUUUAAAUAAAAUUCAGCUUUCUUUACUGAUAUUUCCUUAAAAUUAAGGAGAAUUAAUCAGAUUCUCUUUGAAAUGACACGAGUGACACUCAGGGCUUGCUGAGCGCUCGCAGCUAACACGUUCCUUUUUGGUGCACACAUGUACUUCUGUUUCCACCAGGUGAGGUGUAGGCUCAUCAAGAAUCUGUUUGAUCUCAAACCUGUUUAUGCCAGUUUGAUAUCCUAAAUUCACACAUAAUGAAACAUACAGGUAGGAAGAGUCGCUAUUUCUGAGAACUAAGCUGGAGGCUUUGGAAAGGCUUGAUAUCACAGCAAGUUGCUAAAAAUUACUGUCAAAGUAAGUAGACAAUGUAAUUGUUAAAAUACUAGAGAAAAUGGUAAAAAUCUAGAAAGUUUCUAUACUCUGAUUGCUUCAUAAAUGUCUUACAUUCUUAUAUCACUUUAAAAGCAGAACAUGAAAAUCAGAGAGGUUGUAUUAUGGAUGCAGUUUUUUGCAAGAAAGAAAAAAAUCCCACUGAUGAGCCUAUAAUCAAAGAAAAGGCAUUGAGCCUUUAUCAGAAGACGUAGGACAAAUCAGAAUGAAUGUACGAUUAUAUAUUUUAGAAAAUAAAAUGUCUAGCGUGUGUAUCAUUUUUAAAGCUUUUUAGCUUAACUGACUUUAGUUAACCAACUAUUUUCUGGCUCAGACUGCAUCAAGCAAUGUUUUAAUUAUCGAGUUAAAAGUAGAGUAAAAAUACAGUGCUUUAGUAUCAGUGUGGCAUAAAGUAUGAAUGUGACACAUUUUCAAGGCUAUACAUAACCUUAAUAAAAUAAAACUCAAACUCCUUUCUCCAAGUUUCUCUCCCACUCUGCCCCCUUCACUAGGCUGGGUGCACUUUCCCCUUAUCCACUCUCCUGCACGUCUGACUUUGCUCAGGGUCUGCCCUUCACCAGAAUGGCCUCCCCUCAGUCUCUCUCCACCUAGACCUCAUGGCUCAAAUGCUAUUUCUUCCCUGAAGCUUUCCCUCUUCUUCCUACCUGGAAGUAUUUUUCUCUACUCCAAAACCCCAACACAUUAUCUGUACCUCUCAUCCCUUCUAAUUUGCAUGAAACCCCCUACAACUUCUAUAUUCUACACUUGAUAGUAAGCUUAUUAAAAAUGGUAUCAAUCAAAAAAUAUAGCCCACAGCUUUACCCAGUGCUUAAUAAACAUGAUUAAGAACAAAGUAAUUCUAGGAUUGUCAAAAUAAGCCAUUUUGUUGACAUUCUCAGAGAGUAAUUCUAAGUUUAGCUUACCACAGGAUCUGAAGAUAAAUGCUGUCAGCAUAAUUGAAAACCGGAGCUGCCAAAGAAGCUGCCACCAAGAUUAACUGGACUGCUGUGUUAACCUAAAAAUAAGAAGUCAUAAAUGAACAGUGCCAACCCAAUUAUGUUUCAAGCUCACAAGAGAAAGGCAUAACCCAUCACAGUGUAACACAACAGACCCUCAGGGAUGCUGUAAUAUCCCUGCCAAAGAAGCUGGCAUUCACACAAAAGGCUGAAUUUCACUAACAGGCCCAUCUGUCUCCACAGCUGCCCUAUCUAGUGAGGGGAAGGGCAACUAUCAGAAAACACCACUAUCUUGAAUUUCCAUAGCAAUAAUGUUGCAAAGUUCUCUGCCUUUUUCUCAGUUGCCUAUUAAAACAGCCCUGUGAAUAUGGAAAUAAUGAAGAUACUCUUCACAGGUAAAAAGGUAAUGAGUUAAGUGACUUGCCUGCAGUCAUAGCAGGUUACAGAUCCAAACCCAGAACCCACAUUUCCCAGUACUCCAUUCAAUGCUCCUUUCACUUGCCUACCACCUGUCAAACCUAUGAAGUUAGAAAACUGAAAUGCACUAAUCUCCAUGAGAGAGGCUCUAAGUUCGGAAAUGAGUAGGUUUCCCUACCCUAAAAGACAGCGUGGUGGAGAAAAGGAAGACAACAAAACCACUGGAGACUUCCUGUACUCAUUGAGAGAAGCAUUCUGGGGAAGCGGGUGAUGUAUGAAUCCGUGGGUGAUGUGUCUAGAGAAGCACCUAUGUUCUCUCAUCCAUUGUGCAGCCAAAUUACAAGGAUUCGACUCCGUUUUAAAAAUAAGUAAUAAAAAUUGUCUGGAGAACUCCCUGCAAGCCCAAGGAAUUAAGGCAUUUGUCCCUGGUACCUCUUUAAGCCACCUUCUGUACAGUGCUAUACUCUAAUUACUGUACUUGAUACAUAUGUAAGUCACAAAAAUAAAUAGAUAAAAUAAAUAGACAGAUAAAUAAAUAACGCAUAUUUGUAGGUAAAAAUUCACCCCAGGGAGUCUCUGGUUUAAGAGUAAUCAUCCCUCUGUCCCAAAGAUGAUCAGCAUCCCUAACCUGUUAAACCUCUGUCACAAGGCAUGGAGCAAAAGAAUAAUUACAGCAAACUUACCAAGGCUACUAGUAAAACAAAUCUGCCUUCAGAGACAUUAAUAGUGUCCUCUCUGUGUGCAAAGACUGGCAUACAGUUAUUAUCCUGAAGAGGGCUCAGGAAAACAGAUGGACAACUAAGAGUAGGAGUUGUUUAUUAGUGAAUAAAACUUUCUCAUGUCCCUUUCCAUGUUAACAAUCGAUCUUGCAAAUGAAAGGACCUUGUUAUAUGGUGUUUUCACUACAGGGAGGGGUGGGUAGUGAAACCAGAAAGAAAUUUUCAUACUCUCUUUGUGUCAAUAUGCAAUUACAUUGCCACCUCCCCUAAGUGGUGGCCCUAAUACCUCAUUUGGAGACUUAAAUUCUUACACCACCAACACAAAACACAACAUAUAUAACUAAAGAUCCAGAAAGCCUGGAGGACAAAAGAACUGGGCUAAUGACCCCACUCUCUAUUCUCUAUGGUCAAUACAUUAAAAUGUGUCUCAUUUUCAGCUGCUCCAGACUGAGGUUUAUAGUCAUCAAAAUAAAAUCCUCAACGGUUUUUAACUUAAAAGGAUGUUGUGUGUCUCUUACCUUGCUGAUGAAGGUUGGUUUUAACCUAGCAGUGGCAUAACAAGGAUUGAAAUACUUAGAAAGUGUUCUCUGGCAGAGGACAAAAAAAACAAAGCUUAUUCAUCAUUCAAGUUUAAAAUAAAUAUUUUGUUAUUAUAUGCAACAGUUACUGAGUGUAUAACACACGCCUGGCUAUAUGCUAGAUAAACCCUUUAUCUGCAUCUUCUUUUAUUAUACUAUAUAAGCAACAUCUACAUUCUUCAUAAAUCACCUACAGUUUAUUGAAAAUAGAUUUUUUAAUUUAUAGAUUUCUCAAUUUCUAUAAAUUUCUAACACAAUAACUAUCAUAAAGUCUGCUUAACUAUGUCUUUCUACUAAAUAGAUUCAACAAAUCUCCCUCAUCACUGUUUUCUUUAUAGGCUAAAAAGAACCAAAAUGAAUAAAAUACUGCCAUUUUCACCAGGCUGGGAAUCAAAAGAUGAGGUUGUUAUGUUCAUGAGGUGGCUAUAAGCUAUGCUAUGCUUAUGUGCUCAAAUAUUUGUAGAACCAAUGAACAAAUGUGUGAACAAACCACUCCAUGCUCAUAAAACUGUGAUUUUAAAAACCAGUUCUAGAUAAUCCAUAGUAGAAGCUAAAUUAGACAGGGAAGGGUGCUUAGUUAUACAAAACACUCCUAAACAGAGUUUGCUGCUAGGGAUGGGGCUAGCUGGCCUGAGUUUUAUGGACUAUCAACUAAAACAAUGUUGACUUAUAACAAAAACAUCCUUUUAAAAACUGAUCAUUCAUAUUUUCACUGAACAGCUACCAUAAUGGGUGAUUCAAAUAGCAAGAUGACAGUUAUGUCUGUUUUCUUUAAAUUCCUAAUAAAUGGAUUGAAUACAUAAUAGUCAUAAAUUAUUCCCAUAAAGUGAAACUCAGUAUGCAAUAAUGAUUUUUUUCUUUUGCCUUAAGUUACAGUAAUACUAAAAGAACAUUUUUUUGAAACAAACUCACCGGUGUUGGAAGAGUUCGAUAUCUGAUAUAAAAAACAGCAGCAAUCAACAUUACAUCUCUUGAAAUUAUCAUAUAAGUAAGUGGAACUGAAAAUCAAAUAUAAAAUAAUUUUGAUUGGGAUUUUGAAAAUUAUUAAGACAUUAUACAUACAAUGAAGCCUUACCAUAAACUGCUGUUUCACCUAAGCAAAAAUUUUAAAAUAAACACUUAUUGAUGCCUGUUUAGGGUCCCUACAGUGAACCACUGAUUUUUAUGUUUUUUUAACCUGCCUUCAAAACAAGGUGAAAGACAGACUAUGGCUUUUAAAGUCACAUUUCAGAAUGUUGAUCCUCUCACCCCUUUCUGUAUUUUUUUUUCCUUGCAUACGUUUUUAAAUUGCAGUUAAUCAGUGUCAGCUCUACUCAAUCCUAUUUCCUUUGUUACUUCCCAGCUUUGUAAAUUUAGAAAAAAGAUCACCAAGCUCACUAUAAUUACACGGAAUGAGAUGGUAAAAAGGUUGGAAAGGAUGCCGGGACUCAAGGCAUUCUUUUUUUUUUUUUU